GCGGCGGCGGCGGGAGCGCGUCCCGUCCGGGUCCCGAGGAGCCGCCGCCGCCGCCGCCGCCGCCGCCGCUCGCCAACAUGGCGGACCUGGAGGCCGUGCUGGCCGAUGUCAGCUACUUGAUGGCGAUGGAGAAGAGCAAGGCGACCCCGGCCGCCCGUGCCAGCAAGAAGAUCGUCCUGCCCGAGCCCAGUAUCCGGAGCGUGAUGCAGAAGUAUCUUGAGGAGAGACAGGAAAUCACCUUUGACAAGAUUUUUAAUCAGAAAAUUGGUUUCUUGCUAUUUAAAGAUUUUUGUUUGAAUGAAAUUAAUGAAGCUGUACCUCAGGUGAAGUUUUAUGAAGAGAUAAAGGAAUAUGAGAAGCUUGAAAACGAGGAAGAUCGCCUCUGUAGAAGUCGGCAGAUUUAUGACACCUAUAUCAUGAAGGAGCUGCUGUCCUGUUCCCAUCCAUUCUCCAAGCAAGCUGUAGAACACGUACAGAGUCAUCUGUCUAAGAAACAAGUGACGUCAACCCUUUUUCAGCCAUACAUAGAAGAAAUUUGUGAAAGUCUUCGAGGCAGCAUUUUUCAAAAAUUUAUGGAAAGUGACAAGUUCACUAGAUUUUGUCAGUGGAAAAACGUAGAAUUGAAUAUCCAUUUGACCAUGAAUGAUUUCAGCGUCCAUAGGAUUAUUGGACGAGGAGGAUUCGGUGAAGUAUAUGGUUGCAGGAAAGCAGACACUGGGAAAAUGUAUGCGAUGAAAUGCUUAGAUAAGAAGAGGAUCAAGAUGAAACAAGGAGAAACAUUAGCCUUAAACGAAAGGAUUAUGUUGUCCCUUGUGAGCACAGGAGAUUGUCCUUUCAUUGUCUGUAUGACUUAUGCCUUCCAUACUCCAGAUAAACUCUGCUUCAUCUUGGAUCUGAUGAAUGGGGGCGAUUUGCACUAUCACCUUUCACAGCACGGGGUGUUUUCUGAGAAGGAGAUGCGGUUUUACGCCACCGAAAUCAUCCUGGGGCUAGAGCACAUGCAUAAUCGGUUUGUCGUUUACAGAGACUUGAAGCCGGCAAAUAUCCUCUUGGAUGAGCACGGACACGUUAGGAUAUCAGACCUUGGUCUUGCCUGUGAUUUUUCUAAAAAGAAGCCGCAUGCGAGCGUGGGCACCCACGGGUACAUGGCUCCUGAGGUUCUGCAGAAGGGGACCGCCUAUGACAGCAGUGCCGACUGGUUCUCCCUGGGCUGUAUGCUAUUCAAGCUUCUGAGAGGUCACAGCCCUUUCAGACAACAUAAAACCAAAGAUAAGCACGAGAUAGACCGAAUGACGCUCACCAUGAAUGUGGAACUUCCAGACAUCUUCUCCCCUGAGCUGAAGUCCCUCCUGGAAAGCUUGCUCCAGCGCGACGUUAGUAAGCGACUCGGCUGCCACGGAGGCGGUGCACAGGAGCUAAAAGCGCAUGAUUUUUUCAGAGGCAUCGACUGGCAGCACGUCUACCUGCAGAAGUACCCUCCACCCUUGAUUCCUCCUCGGGGAGAAGUCAAUGCUGCUGACGCCUUUGACAUCGGCUCAUUUGAUGAAGAGGAUACCAAAGGCAUCAAGCUUCUUGAUUGCGACCAAGAACUCUACAAGAACUUCCCUCUGGUGAUCUCCGAGCGCUGGCAGCAGGAAGUGGCGGAAACAGUUUACGAAGCAGUAAAUGCAGACACGGAUAAAAUAGAGGCCAGGAAGAGAGCUAAAAAUAAGCAACUUGGCCAUGAAGAAGAUUACGCUCUGGGAAGAGACUGCAUCAUGCACGGGUACAUGCUGAAGCUGGGAAACCCGUUCCUGACUCAGUGGCAGCGUCGCUAUUUUUACCUCUUUCCAAACAGACUUGAAUGGAGAGGCGAGGGCGAGUCCCGACAAAAUUUACUGACAAUGGAACAGAUUCUGUCCGUGGAAGAAACUCAGAUUAAAGACAAAAAAUGCAUUUUGUUGAGGAUAAAAGGAGGGAAGCAAUUUGUCUUACAGUGUGAGAGCGACCCCGAGUUCGUUCAGUGGAAGAAAGAGCUGACAGAGACGUUCAUGGAGGCCCAGCGGCUGCUACGUCGGGCUCCCAAGUUCCUUAACAAAUCCCGCUCGGCCGUCGUGGAGCUCUCAAAGCCACCUCUCUGCCACAGGAACAGCAACGGCCUCUGACAUUCUGGUUGGGGAGGGUCCCAGGAGACGGCACCUCCUCCGGGAAGUCCACACGGGCUGCUCAGCCCUCGAAGUGCAGCCUUGGGGAGAAGUGUGAGGAUGAGAGGUCCGGUGAUGCGCCUCCAGGCUUCUCCAUAGCUGGGGACCCGGGAUUCUGAGAGGCAUCUGUAGGAAUGGUGACCACCCUCAGGCCUGGGGCAUGCCUCCUCCCUUCCUGGGGGCCUCCUGCCACGACUGCAUCUGUCCACACUCAAAACUACUGAAGAAAUGAAGUUCUCGUUCUUUGCCACACACUUCUUUUGGUGACAGGUGAACCCAGAACUUGAAACGAUUCCUACUGAUCGCGUCACUUUUUACAUCUGAUGUCAAACAUAUCUGAGACUUGUCAAAAUGGGACUGAACCGUCUGGCGUGUCGGGUAGCAGAUUGCCCCAGCAUUGCCGUGUUUUAUCCAUAAACAGCCGCUGCUGGGUUUAGAUGUCUUUGCUUCAUUCUGCGGGGGGACAGUAGCCCACCCAGGGGUGUCUUCUGUGUGCUUGAGAACCGGACUCUCAUUGCCCAGGGGUCGAAAGCUGCAGAGGUUUUCUGGACGAGGUGCACAGCCCCAGGGACUAGCCUACCUCCGACAGGGAGCCUAGGCAGCUGGGACCUGGGGGUGUGGGAGCCGCUGGGCAUCGAAGGCGUCGGACACGGGACCAUGGGAAGGUUUACAGUGGCUCUAGGAGAGGCAGUGGCAUUUUAUACUUCCAGGCAAUAGCAAUUCUCAAAAACCUUCAGGUCAACAGCACUUUCUCAUGUCUGGGUGCCCAGGAACGCUAGGGGGGGUGUGCCUGUCUUGGGUUUGGACAGGAAGCAGUUGUGUGACACAGCAGUCCUGGUCCCCUCUGCCUGACCUCAGGAAGCAUCUCUGUAACGGCUGUAUCAAGGAAGGAAACUCUGUUUUACAUUUUUGCAUAAUUUAAAAUGAAUUUUAUUGAAAAAAAAAGAAUGCUGAAGAUGAAUGUGUCAAAAGGGGUUACUUAACUGUGUCUCUUGACCUGUGUUGUCGUUCAGCUGUCAUUAGCGAGGACUUCUGUGCACUGGGCGGUUGGCCUGUGACAGCGUAAAGGCCAUUCGCCUGGUCCCAGGGGCCUGCUCUCCCCGUGCUUUGUUUCACACCCCAAAUAAGUGCCGGGUUAUAAGAACCAGUGUGUUUCCCAGCAAAGUCCUCCAUGUCAUCAGACUAAAAAUAAUAACAGUAAUUUUCAAAAUCCAUGUAUUUGUCCUCUUCUUAGUGCAAUUUUAUUGUAAGUUUCUAAGUCAACUACUAACAAUAUAAAUAACUUGACAUCAUAAUUAUCUGCAUCCUGUCCUCGAUAUUUUUAGAGGUUCCAAAUCUUUGUGUUUACAUGUGUGUGCCACGCUCACUGGGAAAGUAAGUCCUUUUUAAUGAGAUGAUACUUUGAGAGUUUGAAAGAUAAUUACCAAAAGAGCCUUUUACUUCAUAGGAGCUACUUUGGAAAAGCAACCUUGAGGUUCACCGUCUCAACUACUAGCCAGAGUUUAACAUGUGUUCUUCUAUCUACUGGUUCCAAUGUAGGAGGAGGGGGCCCCGGUUUACAGGGAGUCCUCUGUUUUUUGUUUUGUUUUGUUUUGGCCUCACCCACAGCAUAGAGGAGUUCCUGGGCCAGGGAUCCAACCCACGCCACAGCAGUGACUUCAGCCACAGCCAUGACAAUGCUGAAUCUUUAACCUGCUGAGCCACCAGGGAACUCCUGGAUUCCCUGAAAGAAUAGCAUUCAAAUUCUACUUUUUUUAAAAAAAGAAAUUUAAGUAACAAAAAGCCACCGAAGACAGAAAAGCAGUUGUUCUCCGCAAAGAGUGAGUGAGUUCCCAGGCAUGGUUGAUUAUCACGGUCGCUGUGGUUACUGGCUCCAGCACAAGCUCACCUAUGCUUAGCAUUUAUGGUUCAGAGAUGAGUAAUUACAGCUUGGGAAUCACUGAGUCCUGCACCUCUGCUGGACAGAGUCGAGAUUUAGCCUCAUGUGGAGAAGGUGCAUGAAGUCCCUGAGCGGCUGGCCUUAGCUAAGUCUCACAUUCCAUACCCGGGGCACCAGCCAAUGCCAAUUCGCCUCUCUUUGAAAAAAAUAUCAUUUGUGCUCCGGAGUAAGAUAAAAGAUUAUCUUUCUUUUGGUAAAGGAAAAUCAAUUGGAAAUACUCCAAGAGACUUUCUGCCUCCAGUUUAUUGCAAGUCACCUUUUAUCCUUUCCCACCUCAAAUUUGGUUGAUUAUGACAGCGCUCAGUGCAUCACCUGGAUGCCAUUUAUUAAAAGUACUCUGUGAGGUUAGGAUGAGUGGCUUUGGUCCUGGGUGGGUGGGUCCCUGGUUGUGUUGGGGUCUGGUUUGGCAGCCAUGGAGAGGCCAGCCUUCCACCUGGACUCAUGCCUACAGCCCCUCUGAUGGGGUGAGCAUUUCUGUGCCGAAUGAAGACUCCUCCGGGUCCCUUCUGAGCCGCACUGGUCCCCACAUGGCCAAAGAGGUCAAUUAGUUUAGAAGCCUUGGUAUAUGUGGCUGUUAUAGGUCUUAAGAGUGUUACAUCAUUCCCAGGUGUUUGACCCUACCUACUCUUGGACCAUUAAAAGGGACAAAAUUGA